AUGCCCUCGCGGCUCUCUAUCGCCGCGUACGCAAGCACUGGGAGGAUGAAAUAUGCCCUUCAACCCAUGCGUCUCCUGGACCGUGGAUCGUCGCGCUCUGUCUCAGGGAACCUCCAAGCAUGUUUUGGGUGGCGUCACCCAACGACCACUAUGUGUUCCGCCCUGCACGAGCGCAAUAGCGAUUCUCGCUAUAAAGGAGCCGAACUCUGUUGCCUACGAUUGAAGGGAAUCCCACCCUCACGGCAAAGCGACCUGAUGUGUCGGUCCCUGGGAAUCCUCAGAGUGGCUCAAGGACCAAUUUGCUCUCGAAGGCCUGGUGGCGAUCGGAGUGUAGUGAAGACGGCUGUCGCCCAUGCCCCGAGCAGACGAUGUGGCCGCAGUGGAGGGCGGUCGGGGCGGAGAGUGACUAAGUUCCUGGAGCAGGCAGCUCGUGGAGUCAGUUCGCUGCGAUUCGCAUCCAGUGUCGAAAGCCACGCCUGCAGGCUCGAUUCCGGGAUAUGGGAAGCCAUCUCUACCAGGAGCUCAGAAUAUAUCCGGUCGCCAUUACCGGGAAGACCUUCAGGAGGAAUUAAAGUGAAGAAGAAUGCAAGCAACGUCAACUCUGCCGGUGCUCGCUAUGAAGCACUAUGGGGACGAAUCCGCAGAGACGCCAGCGGCGGAAUUGUAUUAACCGAUGCUAGGGUUUACGGCGAUUGUCAAUGGAGCGUCGAGUUCGUAGAACUCAAAAUGGCGGAGAGAAACUGUCCCGCAUCACUAUACUAG